GUUCUCCCCUUCCAAUUUCUAUCCAACCAAACAGGUCGUAUGAGAAAGACAUGCUUCCUGGUACAUUGUUCCAAAUCUUUCAAAAACAUUUUCCAUGGAGUUUCAGCUUCACCCAAAGCUCAACCAUCUUUUAUGCUUAUUCAUCAUUACCCUUUCAUUUGCCCACGCUCAAGCUACUACCUUUGGAUACUGCGCUGAUGUGAACUAUGCCGUGGAGGUGUCUGGAGUUGAAAUCACACCAGACCCUGUUGUGCGUGCUAGGCCUGUAACCUUCAAAAUUUCUGCUGCUACUGGUGAAGCUAUUUGUGGAGGAAAGUGGGAAAUUACAGUUUCAUACUUCGGAUUCGUUGUCCAUAAAGAAAUCCAUGAUUUUUGUGAGCAAGUAUCUUGUCCUGUUGCUACUGGCAGUUUUGUGGUUGCUCACACCCAAAAGUUGCCUGCAUAUGCCCCACCGGGCACCUACACUGUGGAGAUGACACUGAAAAACGAAAAGAACAAGCCAUUAACUUGCAUCACAUUUAAUUUAAAGAUCGGUUUGGGAUCUUUUCUCUCUAAUAUCUGAAGUGGCUGGCUACGGAGCUACUUUUGACAACUAUCUAAAUGAUCUGUGGAUAAUAAAUUUAUAUGAUAUUUGAGUUAUAUUUGAAAAUGCCAUGUUUGGUACAUAUAUUGUAAAAAAUAUGGAAAAAAGCAAUGCACAAGAAAUAUAAUUGUUGUUA